UGGCAAGAGAAUAAGAGAACUGGCAGAAAAGAAAGAGAUCGAAAAAAGAUACUGUAUUUGUUCUGUCGCGUGGUCGUAAAUGAAGUCGGAAGUCGGAUCUCCCUUGACACUCCAUCUUAUUUAUACCAUAAUCUCAAUUGGAGCCUGGAUAAUAAGAGUGUCAAGAUGGUGCGCGGUAAUCUCCUAACGCUACAACCCAUGAUCCUGGGGCCGACAAGGUACAGGAAAGAAAAGUUAAAGCCGAAACUUCCGCCGUCAGUCAAGGCUCCACGCAAAGUUUAUUCCAAAGCGUUUCUGCUCUCCAUCAGGGACAAAGACAAGCCAAAGGACAAACCAAAGGAGGACACUUCCGCCAAGAACCUCCCUCCUUCCAGUCCACGCAAAGUCGACUCCAAACAGUUGCUGCUCUCCUGUAAGGAUACGUUAAAGCCCAGCCAGGAGCCUUCUAAACCCCGCAAAGUCUAUCGCAAAGAGUUACUGCUCUCCCUCCAGAAAAAGACCACGCAAAAGGAAGCUCCGUCGACUGGCGCCCUCCCACCCACGGAUAGACGCAAAGUCUACUCGAAAGAGUUUCUGCUCUCCUGUAAGGAAAAUCCGAGGCUAAGCGAGGAACCUUCUAAUCCCCUCCCUCCUAAAACCAAUGGUCCUCGCAAGGUCUACUCCAAAGACUUUCUGCUCUCUUGUAAGGAAAAGUUAUUUCCGCCCCCUAAACCCCGAAAAGUCUAUUCCAAAGACUUUCUGCGCUCCGGUUUGGCAGCUGGAACUCAAGGUGACCUUCUCUUGCAGUUGGACCAAGCAAGAAGGAAGACGUUGCCCCUCCAUCCUCCUAAUGGCAAGCCGGUAUCAACGUCUGGGAAAGCUAACAACAGAUAUCAUACAAAGAUGGUAGCUUGGAAGGCAUUCCGAGAUCCUGCCGUACAGAACAAGUUUGACUCGUUCCAGGCGUGGCUCAAAGUAAUCUUGGAGACGCAUUCAGCACUGGACGUGCCAACACUAUGUGGUCUCUAUGAAGCGGUUUUUGGAGAGGUGCUGGAUCCAUCCGGAAUGGGGCUCGUUCAGUUUUCUCUUUUGCAAAUGUUGUUGGCGAUCCCUGGGGUCAAAAUCUUUUGCAAGUUGAAGGAUUAUCCAUCCGACUUGGUAGUAUGCUGGUAUGACGACUCGGAAGGAGGAGAGCAGCUACCUGAAACGCAUCCGUUCAUUCAACUGCAAAAGACAAGUCCAUCCCUAUAUUGUUAUCGGGACUAGGUCCAUCACUGGAUCCAACCAUCCGUAUUAUAAGAUACAUAAAUACCAUUCCUUACGUAUGAGAUUCCUUACUCGUACAUACAAAGUAGU